CGCUACUUCUUUGUCAUCACCAAGACUUACUGUUGUAGUAGUAUAUUUCAAUCGAACAGGUUGGAUCGAAGGCGCCAUUGGAGAAUCGUUAUAGACCGAGAUGCGAGUAAGCUUCAGCUCUACCCGCGUAUCCGCUUCAAUUUUUGAGCCAAUCCUUUCCCACACUUAUUUACGUCGGACCAUCUCCUUAUCUUCAAUCUCCAUCCCACCCGCCACUCCAAAACUUCAAACGCCACUCUUUCUGAAGCCACCCAUUUAUACAGCCGCCUUAUCAGACCUCCGCCGAUGGAAUUUCUGGGCUAAAACCCUCGUCAACUCCAUCGGAACAAAGUUCCUAGACACUGACAAUGGCCCUGACUCCACCCUCUUGCAAAGGGAGCUCAAUUGGUUAAUAGAAGACGCCUUAGAUACUCCCAAUAAUACGCUCUGCUUAAUGAACGGGAAUGAUGAUGAAGAUGGAAAAACUAAAGUGAAGCUGAGGGCUGAUGUAGAAGAUCUUUAUGUGCUGUGGAAACAGAGAAUUGAAGAGAGGAGACCGUUUCAGUACAUUGUGGGGUGUGAGCAUUGGAGGGAUUUGGUAUUGAGUGUACAAGAAGGGGUUUUGAUCCCCAGGCCGGAGACUGAAUUGAUUGUUGAUUUAGUUGGUGAUGCAAUUGAGAAAAACCCGAAAUUGGGACAAGGGUUGUGGGCUGAUUUAGGGACUGGAAGUGGUGCUCUUGCCAUUGGCAUUGCAAGGAUUUUGGGGAAUACCGGAAGGGUCAUAGCUACAGAUUUGAGUCAUGUUGCAGUUUCUGUUUCCUCCUUCAAUGUGAACAGAUACAAUUUACAGGAUAAGGUAACGGUGAAGCUAGGAUCUUGGUUUGAACCAUUGGAGGAUUUUAAGGGAGAGGUUGAUGGUCUUGUGAGUAAUCCACCAUACAUACCAAGUGAACAUUUAAGUGGGUUACAAGCUGAGGUUGGUCGGCAUGAACCAAAGCUUGCAUUGGACGGUGGUAAAGAUGGAAUGGAUGAUCUUCUUCACCUUUGUGAUGGUGCUGUUUCAAUGUUGAAACCUGGUGGAUUCUUUUCUUUUGAGACAAAUGGUGAAAAGCAUAGCCAGUUUCUCAAAGAAUACAUGGAGAAUAAACACGAGGGCAGCUUUUUUGACGUAAAGAUUGUGACGGAUUUUGCUGGUGUCCAGCGAUUUGUAACUGGAUUUAGAGCAAGCUGAGUGGGAAAAUAGUUUGAUGUGCAAUAGUAAUAGCAUUUAUUGGCUUCAUUUAAAAUCAGUAUUACUUCUAAAUGUGCUAUGGAUGUUGUAAAAUAAACCAUGCAUAUGAAUUUUGCUUCUUCAAUCCAACCUGAAUAUAUUUGACAAUUGCUUAGUAUUAAUCAAUUAAAUUCAUUAUACACACCAUAUGCCUAAGUUAGAUUUAACUGCAUAAGUUAUGUAUCAGUCAUAACCACUUGCCGGAGGCUUGUUCGCAUUUUUCAUUGAAAUAUAAUAUUGUCUUCUUGUCUUUCUUUUCGCUAUGCAUUGGGUUGUAAAAACGUUAGAAGUGACUUCAUACAACUUUUGUAGUUUCUAUUUUAGUUGUUUUUUUCACCGCAUUUAAACAUUUAAUUUUGUUCUC